AGCACGGCCUUUCCAGCGCUGCCACCUGCUGGCCCGCAUCCCCGGGCUUCCCGGUCUCCUAGCAACGCCAAGAUGGCCGGCGCGCGUAGACUCCUGGGGGGUGUAGUUCUUCUCCUUCCCAGCGCGGUCUGGGAGCCCCCGCUAUUAAGACGGAGGCCCCCUAGACUACACUUCCUAGGUUGCUCCGCGCGCGCCUCCCACGGCCUCGCGAUAACCCUGUGCCGGAGCCCAUCUGGAGAGAGCGAGCUCUCGCGGUGCCUGCCGGGAGUUGUAGUUUAAGGCUGGGAGUCGAGGGGCCUGGUACCGGCGUUGAGGCGGCAGAGAGACUACAAAUCCCAGGGAGGGCGGCGCGACCGCCUGGAGGGCGGGGGGUACGAAAGAGGAACGCGAAGGGCGCCGGGGCCUGGGACCAGGGAUCUGCAGUUUCUUAGCCCCGCCAUUAACUAAGCACUGGGCACUACCUCUGGAUGUCUGCAGCUCCCAUCCCAGAGGGCCGGACCCUGUGUUCUGGAACAUGGCGCUCCAGCGUGCCGUCCUCCUGGCGGGCCUCCUGGUGGAAGUUGCCAGCAAAUCCUCAGGAAGUGUGGGCCAGCAGCCUGAAUGUUGUGUGGACGUGGUGGACGCCAACACCACCUGCGGGGGCACAAGCCUGUGUGGUCCAGGCUGCUACAGGCACCGGAACGAGGACGGCAGUGUCAGCUGCAUCCGAUGCGGGAACGGCACCUACAGCUCCGAGUGCGGUGGCCGCCCUGCGGCACCCCCCACCAGGCCCACCUGGCCUGCUUCCCACCGAGGGGCCACGUCUCCAGGUUCUGCAGGAACGGUCACCGGCUGGGGCGCACAGUUCCCAGUGAACCGGAGCACAGGGACGCCCGGGCAGCCAAAUCUUGGGAGCCCUCAAGUGGCAGCCUCCCUCUUCCUGGGGACGCUCUUCAUCAGCUCUGGCCUCAUUCUGUCCGUGGCUGGGUUUUUCUACCUGAAGCGUACCAGUAAACUCCCCAAGGUUUUCUACGGAAGACACAAAGCCCCUGCCCUGCAGCCUGGCGAAGCCGUAAGUAACCUGGAAGGAUGGGCCCGCGUGCCCCCGUGUCGUGGGCCUCUGUGCUGGGGGCCGCCCGCUGUUCUCACUGUGCCUUUUCUCCUUUUCAAGGCUGCCAUGAUUCCCCCGCCACAGCCCUCAGUGCGGAAGCCGCGCUAUGUCAGGCGUGAGCGGCCCUUGGACAGGGACGCGGGCUCCACUGCCGUCUCCUCGGUGGAGGCCCGGGUCAGCAACGUCUGACCCAGGGACCCACCCACAGCUCCGCACACCGCCUGGGAGAGAACCCAGCACACAAAGGGCAGGCGCUGCCCAGCAAGGCCUCAGGACUGGUCUGGACGCAGCCCCUGCCUCCGCGUGGCCGUCUCCCAGCCGCAGACGCUGCCUGAAGGUGCUGCUUCCCCCCCCAGCUGCUCAGUGUGACGGGCUGGGAGCCGUGCCCUUGAGCCGGGCUCGAGCGCCUGGCCAGGUGGGGUCUGGGCCCCUCGGGAGAGACCGCUCGCAGCGGCCAAGAGCCUACGAGGACUUCUGGGCUGCUCCAUGCCUGGCAAAGCCCGGGCUCGGCCCCUCUGCCUUUCCGAGCCCACAGUGGGCAGACAUCCCCCGCACCACCAGGCCAGCUGGCCUCCUGGCAUCCCCUCCAGGACGGUGUCCAGACGAAGGGAAGCGUGGCAUGAGAACUGGCCCCUCCAAGGCUGAGGCGCCCGCAGGGCUGUCCUAUACCAAGACCCCCCACCCCUGCCCCCUAAGCCCAAGACCACACAUUUCCAGGAGCUGCAGAGGCGAGGUUCCUGGUUUCUUACCGACUUCAGACACUGCUUUCCUCCUCUGUCUCCUGCCCCUGACCCGCUUUCCACGCUGGGCCCGGGCACUGCAGGUGCUUGUCCACCCAGGAACGGACGCUGGCCUGAAGCUGUUGGAGAUCAAGGCCAUGUCCAGCCAGGGUCACAUUCACCUGAGAUUACUGCCUGAGUAGCCUGGUCUCAAUGGACCUGUGGAGGGCCGUGCUGGCCAGUGGCCCUGUCCCAGCUGCCCCAGGCCUGGAGACGCGUUUCUGGCCCUGGCUGGUUACAGAGAGACGGGUUCCUGAGGAGAAAGGAGCGUUGGUGGCCACCUCUCACACUGUGGGCUCGGCACUGGCCUUCCCAGAUGCUCAGUUGGGACUGAUCUCUCUCCUUCGACGACUGGUCUGCAUCCCGGGGGCCUGAGGUGGGGCCUGCGUGCUCGGCUCCUGCAUCCCUUCCGCGCCGUGAUGCCUGUCCCGAGCACUGACAGUUUGCGGACACUUGACCCCACGCCUGGUCCAGCAGCUGACAGGGCAGCACCAGCUUCAGAUCAGUGUCAAUAAACAAUUCAGGGCUUUCUUCCCCCGUCCUCCCUGCU